AUGAUUUUUCAGAAUCCGAGGGGUAAUAUCGAACAGUUUCUGGGCAGACGAGGUGAAGACCCAGCACGGUUUGUGGAACCAUUCAUGAAAACUUGGCAUGAUUCACGCCAUCAGAUCUGGGACCGCAUGUCCAAUGAGUCGACUAUUUCCGGCUCAAUACCUUAUGCUCCUCGUCUUCUUUUUGGGCUAGAGGCCGAGCUUUCAUGCCAUGGUUCACCGUCACGAGCACCAAAGUCGGCUUCAGAAGAGAAUAACAAAAGGCAACAACUGAGGCAUCUUCGAGAUGCAGUUACAAGAGUUACGUCGGAGUGUGCAACAAUCAGGUCCUUGGAGACUUCAGCAACGUUGCUAUUACAGUCACCCCGCCUUUCAUUUGAAAGAAUCAUUCGUCGCAUAUCACCUCUUUUGUGCUGCGCUUCGCUAAAAUCGAAUCCACACGCACUGGCACUUGCUGAUAUUACACCGCUCGAGGCUGACAUUGAACACCUGUUUUAUGGGUUUCCAAUUCUUUGCUGUGGGCCUCUUGCAAAGAUGAUUGCUGAGGGAGAUUCUCGAGCUCUUGUCUUCUUAUUUCACUUUUAUCAUGCGGCGCGCAUAUUGUUGUGUUCGAAAAGAUGUUGGUGGGCAUCUAACAGAAGCCAUGUUAUGGAACAGCUUAUCUUUGAGGAGCUCAAGUCCCGAGAAGUUGAUGUGUGCUUGCCAAGCCAACAUGGCGAAUUCAUGGACGUGGAAAUGACGAGUCCUAAAUAA